GUGAGACCUCAUGCUCCUCCCCAGCUUCCCGUGGGUCCUCCUCAGCUUCCCUCCCUCUGCCUUCCCUUCUCCUUCACCCACAGGAAGCCCAGACACCCUCCGUCUCUAGAUGCUGCUGCCACCGCUGCUGCUGCUCUUGCUAUGGGCAGGUGAGUGGGCCGAGGGGAGAGGGAAGCUGGGGACUGCCGCUGACCCUGCCUUCUCCACAGGGUCCCAGGCUCAGGAUGAGAGAUACUGGCUGCAAGUGCAGGAGUCGCUGACAGUGCAGGAGGGCCUGUGUGUAUACGUGCCCUGCAAAUUCUCCAACCCCACGAGCUACUUGACUAACCCUGUUCAUGGCUACUGGUUCCGGGGAAGGGCCCACAUAUAUUUGAAUGCUCCAGUGGCCACAAACAACCCAGAUCGAAAAGUACAGAAGGAGACCCAGGACCGAUUCCGCCUCCUUGGAGACCCUCGGGACCAUGACUGCUCCCUGGACAUCAGAGAUGCACAGAGAAGGGACUCCGGGACGUACGUCUUUAGGGUGGAGACAGGGAUUAAUAUAAGGUGUAGUUACAGACAGAAUCAGCUCUCUGUGCGUGUGACAGCCCUCACCCACACACCUGACAUCCUCAUCCCUGAGACCUUGGAGUGUGGACAUCCCAGGAACCUGACCUGCUCUGUGCCCUGGGCCUGUGAGCGGGGCACGCCUCCCAUCUUCUCCUGGAUGUCAGCAGCCCUCACCUCCCUGGGCCCCAGGACCCACCUCUCCUCAGUGCUCAUCCUCACCCCACGGCCCCAGGACCAUGGUACCAACCUCACCUGUCAGGUGAAGUUCCCUGCAGCUGGUGUGAUGGUGGAAAGGACCGUCCAGCUCAAUGUCACCUGUGCCACACAGAACUCGACAGCUGAUGUCUGCCUAGUGGAUGACAAAGGGAACCUGGAGACCAGGGCAGGAGUGAUUAAAGGUGCCAUUUGGGGAGCUGGUGUCACCACGUUGCUUGCUCUCUGCCUCUGCCUCAUCUUCUUUGGAGUGAAGACCUGUAGGAAGACAGCAUCCCGGAGAGCAGCGGGUGUGGACGGCAUCCACUCAGUUGUAGGGCCAGCUCCCCUGACAUGAACUGAUGCUCAUUUUAAUGGGAUUGCUCUGUCUGCUGUGCUGAGAAUACCUAUAUCAGGCUAGGAAAAGAGGACACCAAAUAGGAAGAAACUCAAGUAAUCCAGGCAAGAGAUAAUGUAGGCUCCCAUAACAAGAUACUGUAGACUGAGUGUCUUAAACUACACAAACAUAUAUUUUGUUAUGCUGGAAGUCCAAGAUCAAGGUGAUGGCAGGGUUAGUUUCUCCUGAAAACUCUCCCCUUGGCUUGCAGAUUAUUACCUUCUCUCUAUGUCCUCACGUGGCCUUUUCUCUAUGCACACACAUCUCCAGGGUCUCUUCUUCUUAUGAGGACGUAAGUCAUUUUGGGCCCUAUCUUAAUGACCUCACUUAAACCUAAUUACUUUUUUAAAAGCCCCAUCCCCAAAUACAGCGCACUGGGUGUUAGAGCUUCAACAUAUAAAUCCAAGGAGACACAAUUCAGUCCAUAAGACAUAGUCCAAUGGAUAACAAUGAUGAAUCAGGAUUUGCUAAUGGAAUGGUAGAGUAUGUGUGUGAUGUGAGCAGAGAUAGUUCACUGCUUCCACCACAUGGAUGUGAUAAAUGCCAAAAAUGACUCCACAGAUGCCAUAAAUAUCCACAGGUGUCCAUGCAUGUCCAUAGAUACCAAAGAUGACUCCGAUGUGGUUGCCUUGAGCAACAUAAAUAAUUGAACCACCAAUUCCUGAAAUUGCCAUCUCUGCGGGAGUAUAUUUCUCAGGGGGGUUCAAACUUUAUUUUGGUUACUAUAAGCUUCAGGUGCCUCUGAGAUGUCCAAAUGAAGAAGACAAGUUAGAUGUCAAGGGUCUGGAGCUCAGGAGAGGGGUCCAGGUAGGAGGCACAGAGGUUUGGGGAGCAUACACAUCAAGGUCUGAUAGGGGAUGAAGCCACAAGGAAGAGAAGAGGUCCACAGACAGAGCCCCGGGAGAGACAGGGCUACAAGGUGAAAACAACAAGAAGACCACUGAGAAAAAAAAAAGAAAUGACAAAAAGAGUGUAGAUUUGGGUCCUGGUAGCCAAAGGGAGAUGAAGUUUCAAGGAGAAGAGAACGCUUAUUUGUUUCAAAUGGUAAUAAUCCCAGUAAGAUCAGUUCUGAGAAAUGACCAUUUAAAUUUAGCACAUGGUGUCACAGUUAAUCUUGAGAAAAGCAGAUCUGGUUGCCCAGUGGAGGAAGUUUUCUUGAUUGGAAUGAGUUCAAGAGAAAAUGGGAGGAGAGGAAGUGCAAAUGCUCUUGAGAAAUGUUGCCAUAAAUCUUGAGAAAUUAAUCUGCAACAGAAAAUGGUCAUACUUCUACAUCCCUCGGAACCUUCUGGGUGGUAGGAGCAUCUUUUGUUCUAACAAGGUGACUCUGGGUGGGCUUCUGGAUGAGCAGAUCACAAGAAAGAUCAAGCCAUGAUUAGAAGCUCAGUAUUUUCAUCCCCACUCCCCAUUAUCCAGAGAGGGGAGAGAUGUUAGAAAUGAAAUUAGUGAUCCAUCAUGUCUAUAUGAUGAAGUCUCCAUUAACAUCCCAAAAGUAUGGAGUUCAAGGAACUUCCAUGUUGGAAUCUUCCAACACGGAGAUGCUAGGAGUACACCUGGGGAGGGUGUGGAAGCUCCUGCCACUCCCCACCCCCACCUCACCCUAGGCACCUCUUCCAUUUGGAUGUUCAUCUGUGUCUUUUACCACAUCCUUUUGUAAUAAGCUGGUAAACAGCAAACUGCUUUCCUGAGUUCUAUGAGCCACUCUAGCAAAUUAAUGAAAUCUGAGAUAGGUGUUAUGGCAACCACGAAUUUAUAGCCAGUUGGUCAGAAGCACGGGUUACAACCUCGACUUCCUAUUGGCAGGUGAAUUGGGGGUGAGGUUAGCCUUGUGAGACUGAGCCCUUAAUGUGUGGGAUCUGGGUAGGGAGUGUCAGAAUUGAAGUGAACUGCAGGCCACUCAGCUGGUGUUGGAGAAUUGCUUGCUGUGGGGAAAACCCCACAAAUCUGGUGUCAGAAGUGUUGUGGAUGUAGGUAACAGUGUGAGAACAAAGGAGACAUACCCAGAAGAAAAGUCAACUUUUCAUAAACACCCUCCUGCGUGUCCCGUGCCAGAGUGACCAGGAUUGAGUUCAUGAUCAACAGAUGUGUGGCCCUGGGUAGCACCUAACCUCUCUGACAAUUAGUUUCUCUCUAUGUAAACUAUUUUCCGCAUAGGUCUGAGUGAGUGCUCAGUAAAAUUUGAAAGCAAUCAAUAGUGUCAUAUUUGCUAAAUAAGAAAUGUUUGAUAAAAGAGUGGAAGAAAGCAAUGUCCUAUCGAAUCAAAUUCACUUCAUGGACCCUCUCUGCCUUCUCACCUUACCCCCCACCCCCACCCCAAGAGCCCUGCUCUGAGCCCUUCUUUGCUCU